GAUGCCCCCGCCGGACCUGAACUUGGCGGUUCCUGAGAACAUGCCCUCGGCCACGGGCGCGCCCCCGGUGAUCGAAGCCGAGCCAUUUGAUAGCUCGGCCUUCAAGAGUGACAUGGUCAAGGAGGAGUACGAGCUCCUGAGGAGAGACCACCGGCAGCUCAUCAAGAUGGGCGAGUCCUAUGGCAGCUUCGACCCUUUGGGGAAGAUCGCCUUCCUUGACCAGCUCGAACGCAUUGAGGAGCGCUGGGACAUCUUCUUCGGGCGCCUGGGGCUCAUCGGCGCCUUGAGCCCGGAGUACAAGGAGCAAAGCGCAGCGUUCCUGCAGGCGAUGGGCCUCUCCCCCGGGGAGUUCCGACGGCUGCUGCGCCGGGCCCACGACCAGAUGCGCCUGGACGCGGAAGAUGAGCGGAGCCAGCGGUAGAGCCCAUGUAGCUGUGGAUCAAAACCAACGGUACCAUUUUGGGGGUGGGUGCA